UAGAGCGGUUUGCGGGGUUAGAGGAUUGUAAAUGUGUUGCCGCCGUCUUCACACAGUCGUGUUGACCUCAGAGCGUGUUAGAGAUUUAUAAUGUGAACAUCAAAGGACACAAAUUUUAUAUAAUUUAAGACGGGAGGGUAAGCUCCGGCAAAAUGUCAUUGGCCCUAUUUGGAAAACACUUGGUUUCCAGGUCGUGGUGCCUGAGAUGGAGCAGUCUUCAGUGCAUGUCCAGAACUUUUUACUGCUCAGGGCACCAGACGCACUCUCCCAUAUUCCUCGCAGCAAAUCAGUAUGGGCAGCUGCCUUCCAGAUGUGCCACGGGUUCUCUUCUCAGAGUCCAGUCAUUCCAUUGUUCUACAAUGAGGCUAAAGAAAAGGCAGCCAGAAGAGCCACCUCCGCGUGAACUAGACUUGGUUCGUUAUGAUAUGAGGGACCUAAAGAAAAGCCCGAAACCUGCACUUUAUCUGGGAUUUUCUGGUCUCAUACCCUUUGUGUCAGCUCCAUUAUUUAUGGCCAUGACAGAGUUGUACCUUCCAGAGGUAGCAUUUGCUCAGGUUGCAUAUGGAGCCUCAAUUCUGUCUUUUCUUGGAGGAGCCCGUUGGGGCUUUGCCUUGCCCGAGGGCAGCCCAGCAAAGCCUGACUGGCUAAACCUAGCCAACAGUGUAGUCCCCUCCCUACUAGCUUGGAUUGCCCUACUUUUUAGUCAAAAUAUUACUCAUUCUGGCAUUAUUGUGAUCAUGGGGCUUGGCAUCUCUCUCCACUAUGACCUGUCUCUUUUGCCUACCUACCCCAGCUGGUUCAAAGCACUGAGGACAAUCCUCACUGUCGUUGCAUUUUUGUCCUUGGUGGGCACUUUGGUUAUUAAGGAAUUGUACCCAGAGAAGAAAUACAUUGCACAAAAAUAAUGUAUGUGGAUUGUCAAUGUGUGAAAUAAUAAAGUAAUGACUAUGUAACAUCGAUAAACAUGUUUUUGGUUAGAAUGUUGUUAGAUCUGUUGUUGCAACAAAAUAAAUAAAAAUGUAAAAGAUUUGAGAAACA